AUGGAUCUCAGAACACGGUUUCGAUCCGGAGUACUCGGAAUAGUGUACAAGAAACUCAUGAAGUUAAAAACUAUGAAUGGAAAGGUUGCUUCUGAGGCAAUAACUAUAUUCGGAUCAGAUUCCUUGAGAGUGCUUUUGAAUGCCCAGUUAUUCGUUUAUAUUCUUGCGACGCCUGUUUAUUUGAUAAUCGGGACUGCAUAUAUCUACUACCUCAUUGGACUUUGGUGCUUCGUAGCAUUUGGGAUAUUUAUCAUGUUUUACAUGAUGCAGGUUGUCUUGGUUGAACUUAUUUCUUUACUCAGACGAAAGACCUUGUUAUGGACGGACCGGCGGAUACGAAAGAUGAGUGAAGUUCUUGGCAGCAUGAAGUUAAUAAAAAUGUAUGCGUGGGAGGAAUCAUUCAAACAAUCUGUAUUAGGUUUAAGAGAAACAGAAACGAGACCACUGUUACAAUCGACAAUAUCAAAUUUGAUAUGUAAUGCCAUCAUCCCAGUGACCCCUUCACUAGCUACAGUAGCGACAAUAUCCUCAUAUGUAAACGCCGGUAAUCAACUAACCGCGUCGACGAGCUUCUCGAUUGUUUCCACCCUCAACUUCAUGCGGAUAAUAGUGUCCUUUAUUCCGUUAGCCUGUCGGAUAUUUGGAGAAACCAGAAUCAGUUUUGAAAGAAUAAAGCGUUUUAUGCUAGAAGAUGAAUUCAGGCCGCCUGAUCGCGAUGUCAAAGACAAAGGGAAUGCAAUUGAGCUAAAAAGCACAGUGUUUAUGUGGGAUGGCGAGGGCAGCAAAGAGCCAACCGAUAAACCUAAGCUAAAAGAAUUGCGUCGUCAUCCGUCAACAACAUCGCUAGUACUACAGAGUAUAGAUCUCACAGUCAGAAGGGGUAAACAUAUCGGUAUAUGUGGAGCAGUCGGUUGUGGGAAGUCAUCCUUGCUGCAGGCAUUGAUCGGAAGGAUGCCGCUAAUCACAGGACAAAUUGCGGUUGAUGGUCAGGUGGCGUAUGCGGCACAACAGGCAUGGAUAUUCAAUGGAACAUUCAGAGAAAACGUUCUCUUCGGAAAGCCUUAUCAAAGGCAUUGGUACACUAAGGUUGUCCAUGCCUGUAGUUUGUACCAGGAUAUCCACAUACUGGCCAAUGGAGACCUUACUGAGAUCGGCGAUAAAGGAAUAAACCUUAGUGGUGGCCAGAAACAGCGCGUGAGUCUGGCGCGUGCUGUCUACAGUAAAAGCGACAUAUAUCUCCUUGACGACCCAUUGUCCGCCGUUGACGUCCACGUCGGUCAGCAUUUGUUCCACAAGUGUAUUGAUAAAAUUUUGAAGAAUAAAACCGUUGUCUUGGUAACUCAUCAACUCCAGUAUUUAAAACAUUGUGACGAAAUUUACGUUAUGGAUGAUGGUGAAAUAACCGAGCACGGAACACAUGAUUCGCUGUUGGCACUGCAUGGACAAUACACUAAAGUGAUGGCACAGUAUAAUUCCAAAAUGUACUAUACCGAUACAACAGACGAUCCCAGCAUGGAGGAAGAUGACACUUACAAGGAAUCAAUUGAUAUGAAAACAAAUCAGCAGCAGAAUGACAGGAACAAUUCAUUAGCUGCAGCUUCGCUAGAUCAAAACUACGAAAAAGGUACUUUAACGAACAGAGAAACUUCAGCAGCUGGCGACAUUACUAGGGAGACAUACAUGAGCUACAUCAACGCAGCUGGCGGCAAAAUAGUGGCAGUAUUGGUGAUCUUGCUGUAUAUGUGUUUCGCAUCUUCUGUUGCGUUCAGUGAAUGGUGGUUAGGAAUUUGGAUCGAGCAGACAACUUCACCAGCAGCAGUACCACUUCCUUCCGAACUCAAUUCAAAUGCAACAAAUUUGUCAGUUGUAGAGAAUGUCACAUUAUCCACCGAGCAAACAACAAAUAAAACAUUUUCCUUGCAAAUGGAAGAGGUACAGGAGAAAAAGGACUGGUAUUUGAAUAUUUAUAUUCAUACAACUAUAGUAAUAGCUGGAUUAGCUGUCUUAAAAGCACUAGCAGUCGGAAAGGUGAUGGUUAGGGCAUCUGUCAAUCUACAUAACAAGGCCGUAAGAAGAAUCAUGCAUGCUCCAAUGCAGUACUAUGACGCAAAUCCGUCUGGUAGACUCUUAAACCGAUUCUCGCGGGACGUAGAAGAAGCUGAUAUAUUUAUUCCGAAUCUGUUGGAUAACCUACUUCAAGUGAUGAUGGUGAUACUUCUGGCCCUCGUCACUACGACCUACAACUUUCCAUGGUUUCUCAUCGCAGUUGUUCCAAUUGUGUUUUACUUCUACAUUAUCAAAGUCAUAGCAUCCGUGUCCACUCGUAAUUUCAAACGACUUGAAAAUGUGUUGAGAUCACCACUUAUAAACCAUGUGACCAUAUCAUGCAACGGACUUAGUACCAUUGUUGCUUACUCACAAGAAAAAAACUUCAUUGAUGGAUGUGGUCGUUACUCGGACGCGACUUCCAUGAGUCUAUUGUUGUUUGAAGCCAGUAUGAGGUGGAUGAGCACGAGAAUGGACGUUGGGGGUGUUGCUGUAGCAGUUGUUACGACUAUCACUGUGCUGUUCACUAAGGGCACCGUGCCAACUGCCUUGGCAGCCCUGUCUCUCACGAUGUCCAUCAAGGUGUCAUCCCUAAUCCAGUUCUUUGCCGGUAAGAUGAAUGAGACGGAAGCUAGGUUUACAUCUAUAGAACGAAUGCAUGAGUAUGAGAGCACCGUUAUAGAAAAGGAAACCGGGAGUAUGCAAGUGGACAAAAUAUGGCCAAGUGAAGGCAGGAUAGUAUUUUCAGGUGUGAUGAUGAAGUAUCGCGUUGACAUGGAUCCCGUGCUCCAUAACAUCAGUUUUGAUAUCCUUCCAAAGCAAAAGGUCGGCAUUGUUGGCCGCACGGGAGCAGGAAAAUCAUCACUGGCAGCUGCGCUGUUUAGACUGACCGACCUAUCCGGUGGUCACGUGACUAUUGAUAACGUCGAAAUUGGCAAUAUAUCCCGGAAACUUCUUCGUUCCAAUUUAUCGUCAAUUCCACAGGAUCCCGUUCUUUUUGCUGGUACACUUAGGUAUAAUCUGGAUCCUUUUAACAUGUACACUGACGCAAAAGUGUGGGCAGCACUGGAACAAGUUCACAUGAAGGAAAAAAUGCAACUUCUGGACCAGACUCUUGACUUACGUAUCGAGGAGAAUGGAGAAAACUUUUCCGUGGGUGAACGACAACUUUUAUGUUUAGCACGUGCAAUCCUGCGUCAAAACAAGAUCCUGGUACUAGACGAAGCUACAGCGUCUAUUGACACGUCUACAGAUGUCAUGAUACAGGAGACGAUCCGGGAGAGUUUCGCUGACUGUACUGUCCUGACGAUCGCCCACAGACUCAACACCGUCUUACACUGUGACGUCAUACUCGUCAUGGACGCUGGAAAGGUGAUAGAAAUGGGCAAUCCACAGACCUUGUUACAGAAUUCUUCUUCGCAUUUCAACAAUAUGAUUCGUGCCCAGACAAUGCUGUAAUUAGACGCUAGAUAUCAAUAAACGUUUAUUUCAUAUAUAGCACAUCCCUAUGAUGUUUUAUAUCUAACAUUGCUACGUUUCUUUAUUUGAUGUUUUUAUUUAAGCUUUAACAACAUUGCCUUGGUAUAUCAGAAAUACACUGUCGUACAUCUAUGUACAUGUAACAGAUAUUAUGAAGAAUUUAUUUCAUUGCUUCAGCUAGUGAUCGAAUCCAAAACCUCUUAAUGAAUAGUUUUACUCUCAUAUCGAGCCGAGCGGGAUACCUAAUUGUCAAUGGAUAUAUCGCCAAAUUGAUAUGCACAAAAGAUGUACACUUUGGGAACAUCUGAUAUGAUACUAGAUAUGAACUGAGGUUCUCCAAAACGAUAAGCAUUUCCAUAAUGAUGAACUGAUAAUCCAAUCAUAACAAAGAACUCAUAGAAAUUAUUAGAGAGGUCACAAACAUCACUGUCAACUCACUUACUUUCAUUCAAGCAUGUGUUGUAUAUUAAAUUAUAACGCAUACGUAUGGAAGUUAUCAUAAUACCAUAUAAUAACAUAUCCUUUAACAUUGUCUCAUCACAGAUUGAAAAACAAAAGGAUCGAAAUAAUAUAUCAAGCCAUAUCAAGAUUUUUCCUCAUCAUAUUUUAGUUAUUCAUUUAUAAUAUAAUUGUAUUUAUGUAAUACAUAAAGGAAUUUAUACCUUCUGUUAGCUUAUCUUCUAUCUAAAAAUAAUCUAAUUUAUUUAACAUGCUUUUGUAUUUCGGAAUGUAGGUUCUGGAAACUAAAAAUCCGGGUCCUAUUUAGUAUAUGCCUCAAACUGGUAGGUCACGUGGUCACAUAGAAAACAAAAUUGUAAACAGAGGGAAUUUUCACUUGUUGAUUAAAAAAAUAAUUUGCCCUUCUCCUCCCCUACUCGUUCUUGCCACCUUAGAUUAGAUUAGGUUUAAAUGUGUUUAGACAUAAAGGCGUUUUAAAUUGGAGUCCGUAUCGACCAUCAUUUGGACAAUUGUCAGUAAAGAUGGCGGCGUUGUUACUGUGAAUAUCUCAAUCUUUUGGACUAUGACGUUUUCAGAGUGGCGUUUUUAGAGUGAAUAUUCCCAUCUUUUGGAUAAUUUUGAUGUCCAGGAUGUAUCUAUAUGUGUUAAGGCAUAUUUUGAUUAUUGGCAUUUAAACUAAUAAAUGCUCAAUUUCGAUGAUGUAUGUUUUUGUAUUUGUGGUUUU